UCUAUUUUCUCUGCAUCAAAAGACUUUUCUUUCAUGUUCAUAUCAAAUUUGUAAUUUCAUUCUCACUGUAUUUCAGCGUCUUGAGAUCAGACAAUAUUCUUCAGAACGCAGGGACCUCUGAAUCAUUCAGGCACGCACAUUCAGCUCCUGGAGACGCAGAGGCACGCUGGAAAAAUGAGUGCUUACCAAGAGAGCUGCUGCUUAUGGCUGAUUCUUCUUUGUUGUUCAUUAAAGACCCUUCAUGGCUCAGGCUGGGAUGUGUACCAGUCCCCUGAUUUUGUAGAGGAGACGGUGGGUAACUCCAUUACACUGAAAUGUCACGUCGCAAACAUCGCAGAAAAGUCCUGCAAGUCCAUCAUUUGGGCUAAAGUACACCCAAGGACUGGGGAAUUGGAUGUCGCAUACCCCGUGUCAGAUGAAAACGUUGUGGCAGUCAUAAACGUAACGACAAAAUCAUGUGAUUUAAUAGUUACAGGCCAGAGCCAGGAGUAUUCUGGCAUGUACUAUUGUUGGGUUAAAGCAUCGGCUGUAAGAAUUCAAGGAAAUGGAUCAAGAGUGUCAUUCACAGGAGCUUUAACUCCUUCCGUGGAGCUUUUUUCACCGUGGAACAGCAAUGCCUCCAGACUCCCGUUUAUCUGUUGGGCGAAAGGAGUUGUCCCAUCACAAGUCCGUAUAUUCUGGAUUUUGGAGGGGAAUGAAUACAACGGACUCACUGAAUCUAUUUGGUCAAACAACAGUCACUCAGCAACUGAAUUCACUCAAAGUCGGAUUUGGUUCGCCGACUGGGACCUGGAACCUGGGAUGAAGUGCUUGUGUGUUGUCAACAUAGGAGAGAGGAACAUUUCAAAAAACAUUCAAUAUCUGCCAGAUGCAGGAUCCAACAACAACAACGCAAUGUUCAGGUCUUGUGUAUGGAAUCUAUUUAACAUCACUUUUCAUCGUGGCAGGAUGGGUGGUGGUUAUGCAUCAGGGUAAACAUGAAGAUGAUGCAGGAUCAUGUUACACAGAGGUGCAGUAUGUCAGUCUGGACAACAUCCAUUGAAGAAAACCAUGAAAAGAUCAACAUGAAAAGGUUUAUGGUGGACAACCUAAUGCAACCUAAAAGCUAAUGCAGCUAAUGCACUUCUAGAUUUCUUAAAUGACACAUUUUAUGCUUCCCAUUGACUUUACUGUUUUUCAAGUGUUUUCAACUUGCAUCGUUUUUUAACAUCUCUGUCCAGAUA